AUGCAUCAGAAUGAAUUUGAAGGUGGAAUAAAGGAGGUAGGUUUAAUAAAAAAUUUGCGUAACGAUACGUUGGAAGUGGGUGCGAGAAAUGUGCUUCUCACGUGUGUUUACAGUUCGGGAAGUGGACAAGACAGUAAAACCAUGUUUCCUGUUGUGCAUAGACGAUAUUUUGACAAUCCAUAUUUAACCAAUAGCGAAGCUCAGUCGUUGAAGGUGACUGAACAAACCCUGAAACAAGAGGCUUCGAAUAUCGCGGAAGAGAUCAUGAAACGGAGACACAAUUCGGAUGAUUACGAUGGAGGAGCCUACGUCGGAGUUGCAGGUGAUGGGUACAGCGUGCUGUACGCCUCGCGACUUUUGCCAGAGAAGGCAGAACAGUAUGCAAACUUCUGUAAUAAAGUGGUAGAGAAGCAGUUAAAGCAAAUCAAGAGUGGACAUCGCAAGGAAGGACAGUAUUUGCUUGGUUCACUUGGGAUAUAUGUCAUCAAAGCCAUAUUGGACUAUGAAAUGAAGAAGUUUGUGAAUACAACUGUCAUCGAUAAAAUAGCAUCUUUGAUUGAUGUGAUAUGUGCUAAGGAUUAUUUACCUAACGGUGCAGAUGAAAUGCUUGUUGGCAGAGCUGGUUUUCUAGCAGCAAUUUUAACUUUAAGAAUGCGUUUGCAUCAUGACAUCAUAUCUAAUUCACAUAUUAAAAAGGUGAUUGAUUGCAUAAUCGAUUCUGGCCGUCGUUAUGCUAAACGAUACAAAUCUCGAGCACCAUUAAUGUAUCAGUAUUAUAAUGUCGAAUAUCUCGGUGCUGCUCAUGGUUUGAUGGGCAUUCUACAAAUGUUGCUUAGUUUUUCUGAUCUUCUGGAUAAAGCAGCAUUAAGAGAUGUUGAAAAUACAUUGGAUUGGCUUCUGGAAAUACAGACAGAAAAUGGUAAUUUUGCUCCAAGUGUUGACGAGAUCGGCAUAAAUCGUGGAUCCAACGAACUUGUGCAUUGGUGUCAUGGCGCGACUGGAGCUGUUCAUUUAAUGAUUGUUGCUUAUUUAUGCACAAAGAAAGUUAAAUUCUUAGAGGCAGCUGAAAAAGCGCUUGAUCUUAUUUGGAAACGAGGUGUUCUGCGUAAAGGACCGGGAAUUUGUCAUGGUGUUGCAGGUGGUGGUUAUGCGUUCCUACUUUAUUAUCGUUUGACUCAGAAAACUAAGUAUCUCGAAUAUGCGCUAUGUUUUGCUCAAAUCGCAUGCGAUCAGAAUUUCAGAAAGCAUGCCCGAACACCAGAUAGUCUAUACAGUUUAUUUGAAGGCAUUGGUGGUUUGUUAUGCUUUCUCGUCGAUGUUUCAAAUCCAUCAGUAGCGCAGUUUCCUUUAAUUCCAAUCACAUUCGAAUAA